AGUGGUGUCGUGUUCGUGUUCCUAUCAUAAAAUCGUGCUAAAAUCUGAAGGAAAUUAUUUCUUCUGAGCUUUAAAAUAGACCGGACGCGUCACUAAUAGUUUCCUAUUGAGAUCCAGGUAAUGUUUUCCGUUUUUAAUGCGUCGUGAGGACCCGUGUCACUUGUAAACCAACUAAAUAAGUGUGCACUGUGUGGAGGUUAUGGUAUACGAAAUCGGUAUAGCACACAACAUAAUCCACAGUUUUUAGUGUGUAAGGAUUUGCAGUUUUAUCAGUAUUAUAGACCAUCUGAGAAGUGAAGUUUUUCUUUGAACAGCAACUCCAUAAAGUAUCCUUUGCCAGCAAAAUUCAUCUUCGAAGAGCCUCCGUUAGGAGCUCCCCUGCUGAAGGUUUUGGUGGGCGCAAUUCUCUCCAAAAUGAUGACUUUGUCCAGGCAGCUCAAAAGAAGGUGGACGCAGCUGUCUCGUAAAUUAGUGCGGAUGUGUUUCCUGUUCGAGGAUCCGGGGGUUCUGAAAAUCGGUCGUUGAAAACGGGAGAGGAUAGGAAAAAGACGGAAUAAUUGGAAAUUAUCGGGGUCAUGGACACGUGAGCACCCGGUUAUAAUUUUCACUCGUGGCGGACCGGUGUGCACGGUGUCGAGCCCCGGAGUGGAGACCGGGUCUCGGAUAGUGCAGUGACUCCCGUGGGCCUUACGGCAACAUCCGGGCACCGCCCUGCCUGAGCCGCAUGGUAAUGGCCCCUAACCCAAGGAAGCAUGAAUAGUAAUCAAUAGUAAAAAAAUACACCUGACGAAAUGAAACGAAGCGCUCCAUCGAUGGAAACAAUCCGACCGCAUCGUUAAAGUCGGAAAAUAAUGCAGUUCGCCGGUCGAGUACAAUUGAGCACAAGUUCACGCAGCGAAAUAUUUGUUUCUAAAGUUAGGACGCGGAAGUUAGAUAGUUUUUCUCGCAUCGUUUUAAAGAACUAAAUACUAUGAUUACUUGGAAUAAGUCUCUGCGGUUUUUUAACGGUACCAAGUGUUAACCCUUAGUAGUCAUCCGGUGCUCAAAAUUGGAUUUUCAUCCCUUAUUGCCUCGAAGACGGAGGAUAUCGUUUAGAGCAGCCAUGAUGUUACGGUGAUGUCUGGAGAAGGGGAAUCGGGCAUGCGUUUGGACGAACGUGCCGCUGGGGUCAUCUCCGGCACGGACCCAUAUCGCGAGCUCGAACAGUACUUGGAAAAAGUUCAAGAGGAGAUCGGCGAGGCGUUCGAGAAAUGGCCGGAGCGAAAGUGGCACAAGAAGCGUACGAACGAGGGCUGGAAAGAGAACCUUCGUAAUGGACAGAUCACGUUGGCCCCUCUGCCACCGGUCGCGACGCCCCCGCUGUCCCAUCCCUUGCCGCCCCCGUCAGAGCCUCCCCCCGGCGGGCGCCUAACCCGCCUCCGCCCCCACCGACCCGGGCCCCUCGAAGAACGCCGCUCCCGCAACUACGUGCUCAACCCCAAGAGCAACUCCCUCCCCACCCGCAAGAAGCGACCUCCAGGCAACUACAUCAUCGAUUUUGACCAAGAGGUGGAAGCGUGGUCGAACCUCCUCCUGGCGGACGUGCAGAGCAUCGUCGAGAAUGAGCUGAGGUCGGCGAUCUCGGCCGAGCGAGCUUCGAGCGAGUCCGAGCCGGACUAUGACGAGGUGUGCGUGACGUCCGACGAAGAGGUCGCCGCGGAGAUGCGCUACAAGUCGGAGCGGGCCUCGCCGUCGCCCUCGGGCUCCCCCUCGCCGUCGGGGUCGCCCUCGCCCUCCAUGUCGCCCACGGUGUCGCCCUCCACCUCGGACAUAUCGACGAGCAGCUCCGGGAGCGGCGCCGGCGGGCGGAAGCAGGGGCGCCUCGUCCGCAACUGCCGCCCCCAGCUCCCGACCUCCCACAAGGACGACCCCAUCCUCACCAAGAUCACAACCCUCGCCCACAGCCAAAGAACCAAGCCCAAGACCUCCCACGCCGCCCGCGCCACCACCUACGCUGACCGCUCCAGAACGUUACCGCGCUCGUUGCCGAGUUUCCUGAGCAGCGGCGGCGGCGUGGUAUCGGGGACGGGGACCGGGGGGCGGGUGGUGGGCGACGCGGAGACCCAGACCUCGCCGACGGUGUCGCGGUCCUCGAGCUCGACGUGGCUCUCGGAGGACUGCUCGGAGCUCUCCUCGGCCUCGGCCUCCGCCGACGACUACUCCACCGUCAACUCCACCAACGCCGACCCCGAGGAACACGAGGAGUCCGGCAUCGGCACCGCCUCCCCCACCCCGCACCCCCACACCCACUCACAUCUCCAGCCCCACCACCACCACCACCACCACCCGCACCGCAUCAAGAACAAGUCACCCGUCGGUCAAAAAUGCCGUCGGAAGGAGACCUGGGAGCGUCUUCGGCGACGGGGCUCGGGGUUGAAGCACUCGCAGCUGAACCUCCCGCGCGGCGACGUGUGGGUGCGACGGGAGGGGCGCGAGGGGCCCGGGCACAACGGGGCGCCCCCGUCCAUGGUGGAGUCCUCGAGCGACCCCGACCUCCUCCACCCCCGCCCGCGCCCCCGCUCCCACUCGCGCCCCAAGCAGAGCCGCCCCCUCUGCCUCCCCCUGGGCCCCUCCCCGUCGCCCCUCAGCUCCAGCGAGGCCCUGCCCUCCCCCACCUCGGCCUCCCUCAAGCUCUCGGCCGAGCCCCUCGCCCCCGAGCUCUGCAGCAAGUCCUCCUCGGCGCCCCUCCUCAUGAAGACCGGACCGCCCUCCAGCGGUGUCUCCAAUCAUAGUGACGAAGCCUCCAAUAAAAGGGUGUUGAAACAACCGAGAUCUCAAUCAGAGAAACAACUUUCCGAAAUCGAGGCAAGUGAAGCGUGCAAAUGGUUACGAGCGGCUGGCUUCCCGCAGUAUGCGCAAAUGUAUCAAGACCUGCAGUUCCCGAUCGACGUAAACGGGGUGCAGAAGGAUCACCCGUUCCUGGACGCGGACGCCUUGCAGAGCCUGUUCCGGCGCCUCCACGCCCUCAACCGUUGCGCCAACAUGAAAUUGGAUUACCUCCGCAAGCGGGCCGUUGAGGACUCCGACUCAGAUGGAGCGGAAGGCUGUGCUCUCAGUGACAAUUGGACUUUCCAGCCAGAGUCUCGUAGAUGGUCGCGCGUCUGUGAUGUACAACCCAUAGGUCAAGCUUCUCCUAAUCCAGUUGUGGUGAGAUUCGGCAGUAUGCCCCAGUCUUGUCUUGCAACAGAUAGUGAACUACUCGCUGCAAAGUUUAAACGAUCCGGCAGUGAACGACUUCGAGACAGUGCCAAAGCUUUACUUCGAAGGGUCAAGUCUCGGAAGACGAGGCAGCGAGAAGGGCUCACAAUCAGUACUCCUCAGGUUGUUGAUGUUGCAAAUAUGGAGCAAAGAGUCAAAAAUUUGAAUUGCUUUGAUGUGACGCCCCCCAACACGCCUUCGACUGACUCUCCUCGUCUUGUUCGAGGAGCUCAAGAUGACCAUUCAACUCAUUCAGACUCAGAUGUGUCCUGGAAAGGUUCAAUUUUCAGAGAUGCCAACAGUAAUCAUACUGAGUUGUUCAACUCGUUAAAUGUAGUCAAAAGGGACUGCGAGAUUUCACCUGUUAGUAAUCAAACAUCAGAAGAUUUAGAUGCCAAUGAACUGGGAAGUGCCAUUGCAGACAGUGACUCCUCUGAUGUAGCCCCAAAACAAAGGCCCGGAGGAGCAUCUUCAGUUGUGAGAUGGCACAGUUUCCAACGUGGCUCCGUCAGACCAAAUUCAAUUGUUGGGCAGCCAGUUAAUUCCUUAACAGCAGGUCAACUUUUAGUUUUACGUAAACUAGCUCUUCUUAGGCUCACCGCAACAAUGGAGAAACAUUGUCCAUCACAUCGAACCAACUGGAAUUGGGAGUUACCAAAAUUUAUUAGGAAAGUGAAGACUCCAGAUUACAAAGAUAAAACUGUGUUCGGUGUUCCUCUCUCUGUAUCUGUGCAACGCUGCGGUGAUGCGUUACCACAAUGUAUUCAACAAGCUCUAUCCUGGUUGAGGAUGAAUGCCUUGGAUCAAGUUGGAUUGUUUCGGAAGUCAGGGGUCCGGAGCAGAAUUCAAAAACUCAAAGAACAAGCAGAAAGUAAUUGCAUGGAUCUUGAUGGACAGCAAGCUUAUGACGUGGCUGAUAUGUUGAAACAGUAUUUCAGAGAACUACCAGACUCGCUACUGACAAACAAACUGUCUGAAACUUUCAUUGCUAUUUUUCAAUAUGUCCCAGCAAAUUUGAGACACGAAACUGCUCAAUGCGCUCUACUUCUUCUACCAGACGAGCACCGAGAGGCACUUUUUACUCUGCUAGACUUCCUUCAGAAUGUUGGAGACCAUAGCAAUGUGAAUCAAAUGACAGUCAGCAAUCUAGCCCUGGUUUUUGCUCCGUCUUUACUCCAUGCUCCUCUAACCCUGUCCUCACGAAGACGGCAAGCACCCUCCUCCGGUAUGCCCGAUGCCAAGCAACUCAGUCAGAACAAAGCUGCCCAUGAUUGUCUUCUGUAUUUAAUUAAGUAUCAUCAUCAGCUUUUUAUGGUAUCAGAGGAGCUUUUAGGUCAGUGUCACUUUAGCGCUCUUGAUGCGAGUGUUCCCAUUACUUUGAGCGAAUUAGGAGCCGAGUUGGGACAAGAUUGGAAGGGGUACUUGGCAACCUGCAUUACUGCCUUAAUGAGAGAUGCUAAAGAAAAGAAUAGAGGCUGGGUAGCAGUCAUGAAUGAAGAUAAAAUUGAUAUGGCAUACAAGAAGGUUGGAGAUGGUCACGCGUUACGUGUUUGGCGUAUCAGCAUUGAAGUUGAAGCGCCACCCGUGGAGUUACUUCACAGAGUACUACGUGAAAGACAUCUAUGGGAUCCUGCUUUGUCCAUGUUCAAAGUUAUCACAAGAUUAGAUUCAGCAGCAGAAUUAGUUCAUUUUGUCAGGAACAGCAUGCCGCCUCAUCCUCCAAGAGAUUUUGCAAUAAUAAGGAGUUGGAGGAGGGAUAUAGGAAGAGGCGGAUGUGCUGUUGCAGAAACAUCCGUUGAGUAUGACGCCGCCCCUCUUACACCAGGAGCUGUUAGAGCGAUAACUUUAGCUUCACGGUAUCUCAUAGAGCCUUGUGGGUCUGGUCGAUCUCGAAUUUUACACCUAUCUCGAGUUGACACAAGAGGAAGGACACCUGAUUGGUACAACAGAAAUUAUGGACAUGUUUGUGCUCAGUUUUUACUGAAAAUUCGUAACUCAUUCCAUCAAACUACUGAGGGACCUGAAAGUAAAGUGUAAGUCAAAUCUGUGUAUAGCUGAAUAAAGGGAAAUCCUGUUUCAAAAAGUUUCAGUCUUUAUUUUUCUAAUUUUACUUUAAUUGUUUUACAAUGUACCUUACUUACGUUGAACUUCUUGGAAUUAUUUGAACAAGUCCUGGGUCUUGAACUUGAAUGGGACCACAUAUCACCAAAAAUCGUAAUAAGUUAACACACCUUUAAAAUUCUGCAAUUCUUUUCUAAGAAUUCAUUUUGUGAUGACAAGCUUGCUUUGUUUUAAACGGGGUUUACAUUUCCAAUUAUUCCUUUUGUUCAUUAAUUAAAAAAAUGAACUUAAUCAGAAGAUUUUUAAGAUUGGUAUACCCUCGGAAAGGUGUGAAAGGUCAACAGAUGAUCCUUGAGAACCCACUCAUUGGAAAGAAAAAAAAUGGUCAGUGGCCUUCAAAUUUCCAGUUACAAUGUAUCAUUACCAAAAAUGAAUAGAGUGCGUGUAGUAUUAUAGUAGUGUAAAAACUAGAUAAUAAAUGUAAAUCAUGAAUUUGCCAUUGUGUUUUAUGUUAAGUGCAAAGUAAUCAUAAUUGUUUGAAUUACCCAAAAAUGGCUACCUAGUCCAUAUAAUGUUAUACAUAUCAGUUACAUUGUUGAUUGUUUGAUUCAAUACUUGUAAAUAAAAUCCCUUGAUUUUGUUAGAAAUUGAUUUAUUUUUUUGAGCCCCGCUAAGUAUAUUUUCUGUUUUGUCUCUUAGUAGGUAUGUAUCCAAUUAAUGAACUGGAGCUUGAUGUUGCAUGAGUCAUUAUGAAUAUUGUGAUGUACCUAAAUAAUACCUAAUAAGCGCGUCCUAAUUUUCCUGAUUUAGACGCAAAUAAUAUUUCAUUGAUUGAUACAUAAUAGCUGUGGUGACACUUGUUCUGUGCUGAUUUUAUUUCUUCUUUACAGUAUCAUAAUUAUGAGAUUCAAUUUCUUUGAUGUUAUUUUUAAGAUAUCUAUUCGCUAGAAAAGAAUAUCCCAACUAAAUUGAACUGAGGGGCCAAAAAUCUAGUUCUUUUGUUAAAUUUUUCAUUGUACAUUAGCAGAUCUUGUGCAGAAAAUUUGUUCGCAUCUAUAAUGAUAAGUGUAACUCUUAAAAAAACUUUGAUUCAUUCUCCAAGAGCCUUUUUGAGAAGUAAAUCGAUUUUCUUAUUUCUCUUGAAAUGGAAAAUCAAGUUAAAACAAGUCCAGCGUUUCAAACAUUUAGAGGUAACAAAUGAUUCCAAUAAUUUCUUUAUUUUGGCUUUAUCCUCUGCCCAAGAUACCUUUUUGUCUUUUUUGUUCAGAAUAAAUACGGUUGACUAACCAUGAAUUUUGGAGCAUCUAUUUUUCUAUUAAGCCUCCUUCUCAAAUAUUUUUCUGAUUAUUAUCUAUGAAAAUUAUUUUUGUAUGUUAUGUUUUAAAAUAGAAAUCCCUCAAAUCCCUCUUUGAAAAUUGGUGCUUAACAAAAGAUUUAAUGGACUUCAACUUUGUAUUUCUUUUAGUCAUAAUAAUAUCUUUAAUGUCCGUUUUGUAAACCGAAUGCCUCCAUGAAAUUGUAUCAUUCAUAUUUUCAUUUGAGCUCCUGCAUAUCUCAGUUGCA